AUCUGGGGAAACAUGGCGGUGAUCGGCGGGAGAAGGAUUCGUUGAGACGAAUUAAAACAAGUCGAUUCCCAUGUUUGCUCAAUAUUUACUUUUGAAGUCUCAGAUUGUCAUUUUUGAGUUGACUGUUGGUUGACUCAUCAGCCAUCAAGAAUGGGCGAACUCUCUGAACCCCCCAAUGGGCACGUCAAAAACAUCACCUCAUGGCAAACAGCUUAUUUAAAAACACGACCAAAGCACUUCUCAACAGAUAUUCUAAUCGCAGGCGGUGGACUAGGCGGUGUCGCAGCAGCACUCGGAGCUCUCCGUCGAGGCCGUAGUGUUUUUCUCACUGAAGAAUAUGACUGGCUAGGCGGCCAAUUAACUAGCCAAGCUGUACCUCCAGAUGAACAUACCUGGGUUGAGCAAUUCGGCGUCACACGGUCUUAUCGCGCACUACGUGAUGGGAUAAGGCAGUUUUAUCGCGAUAAUUAUCCGCUGACAGAGGAAGCGAGACGGAGAGCGCAGCUGAAUCCUGGAGCGGGACAUGUCAGCAAGCUUUGUCAUGAGCCGAGAGUUGCAGUGGCUGUCAUUGAAGCUAUGCUCAUGCCGUUCAUCGGUAGUGGACUGCUCACUGUUAAGAAGCGCGUUAAGCCUGUUUUUUGUGAGAUGCUUGGGCAGGUUGUGAGGUCUGUUGAGUUUCGGAAGUUAGAUGAUGGGGGGACAUUCACUGUUGAUGCAAAGUACGUUAUUGAUGCUACGGAACUGGGGGACUUGCUACCCAUUACCAAAACGCCGUAUGUGACGGGUUUUGAGUCUCGAAGACACACGGGAGAACCGAGUGCGCCGGAGGAAGCGCAGCCUCAGAACUCCCAAGCUGUAUCGAUUUGUUUCGCUGUGGAUCACAUCGAGGGCGAAGAUCAUACGAUUCCAAAACCCGAGAGAUACGAUCACUGGAGAAGCUUCCACCCUGAUUUCUGGGGCGCCCCGUUACUUGGUCUCAAGGCGCCGCAUCCACGAACGCUAGAGAUUGUUGAGCGAGAGUUUACACCAAACCCGAACGAUGAUCCAGCUUCCGUGAUUUCAGACCAGAGAAAGUCAGGAGGAGACAUGAAUCUCUGGACAUUCCGACGAAUUGCAGCAAAGGAUAACUUCAUCCCUGGAGCGUAUCGUUCAGAUAUUUGCCUCGUCAACUGGCCCAUGAUCGACUACUUCGAAAAGCCCAUCAUUGACGUCUCAGAGGAUGAACUCCAAGAGCGUCUCGCUAAAGCCGCAUCCUUGUCGUACAGUAUGCUAUAUUACCUCCAAACAGACUGUCCCCGAGCCGAUGGAAAGGGCACAGGCUAUCCUGGUCUUCGCCUGAGAGGUGAUAUAACCGGCACAGAACAUGGUCUCGCAAUGGCUCCCUACGUCCGCGAAUCUCGACGCAUCAAAGCCGUGACCACGAUCGUGGAGCAAGAUCUCUCCCUUGACGUCCGUGGCUCAAAAGGCGCAGUUCAUUAUCCCGAUAGUGUCGGCGUAGGAAUGUAUCGUAUCGACCUCCAUCCAUCCACCGGCGGUGAUAAUUACAUCGAUGUAGCCUGCUGCCCAUUCGAGAUUCCUCUUGGUGCUUUGAUACCAAUUGAAAGACCGAAUUUGCUUGCGGCGUCGAAGAACAUAGGGACUACACAUAUUACGAAUGGAUGUUACAGGUUACAUCCUGUUGAGUGGAAUAUUGGUGAGGCGGCGGGGUUGUUGGCGGCGCAUUGUUUGGACAAGGAAUUGUCGCCGCAUGGUGUGCAAGGGAAGAAGGAGUUGUUUAAGGAGUUUCAGGAUAUGAUCAUCAAAGAGGGUAUUGAGACGGAGUGGCCUGAUGUAUCUGGAUACUGAUCGGGCAUCGUAGAGUUGUGAUGGGAGGUAAUGCUGGGUUACAGGAACACAAGAGUCUUGUAUCAAGACAUAGAUGGCGGAA